AUGGCUGCUACGAAGAACGCGAAAGUCGAGCUAAAUUGGUUUCGUGACACGCGACGCGCACUUUCAUCGCACACCAAAGGAAAAAAAGCACCACCGGGUUUCUCUGGCUUCAGGAACACCAUCCGCCGUCGUCUUGGAUACUUUGAAUACUCAACCAAAUACCAUACGCUCAAAAGUCUUUGGCUAAACGGCUCUACUACCCAGCUAGCCUUAACGCAUUAUAUCGUUCCAGCCCUCUCUGCUUCGUCACUCCUCCUACCCCGCCAUACAUUACACCCUGUUAAGCGGCUCAUCGAUAUAAAUCAGUCAAGAGUGCGUUACCCCGGCCAGUCAGCGGUGAAGGAGCAAUGGAAACUAACGGAUCACUCUCUAUGCAGUGUUGGAAGCACGCAUGGAACAGGCUUCUAUGCUGAAGAAGUCGAUGCGGUAAAAGAUCUCGUACACGACUGCAACUUCGACUGCAAUGACUCUGGCAUCGCCCUCCAGGCUAUGGACAACUCCCACGUUGCGCUUGUCUCCAUGAUGUUGAAAGCAGAGGGCUUCUCCCCCUUCAGAUGUGACCGCAAUGUCGCCCUGGGAAUCAACCUGGUUUCCCUCACCAAGGUUCUACGAGCCGCUCAGGAUGGAGACGUACUCACCCUCAAGGCCGACGAUACGCCUGAUGUAGUCAACCUGUUGUUUGAGAGUGUUGAGAAGGACCGUGUCAGCGAAUAUGAUAUCAAGCUCAUGGACAUUGACCAGGAGCAUCUUGCUAUUCCAGAGACGGACUAUUCCGCUACGGUUGAGAUGCCUUCUGCCGAGUUUAGACGAAUUUGCGGAGACUUGAACCAGCUUUCUGAGUCUGUGUUGAUCGAGGCAAGCAAGGACGGUGUUCGAUUUUCUUGCCAGGGUGAAAUCGGUAACGGUGCAGUUACUAUUCGCCAGAACACCAACGUCGACAAGCCCGAGCAGAACGUCGCCAUCACCCUGACUGAGCCCGUUGCCCUUACAUUCUCCAUCAAAUACCUCCUAAACUUCUGCAAGGCAACCAGCCUUUCGUCAAAAGUGCGACUCUCUCUCUCUGCUGAGGUUCCUCUGCUUGUUGAAUAUACCCUCGAUGGAUCUGGCUAUGUACGGUUCUAUCUUGCUCCAAAGAUUGGCGAGGACGAAUAA